UUCAGAAGCUAGUACCGUAUAGGGUAUGCUAAACUUCAGAAACAGAAAAAAAGAGUGCAUGCAGUGGAAUCUUUGCUUUCUUCAUUCAAUGAACUCUCCUAAAUCCUAAGCAUGUCAUGUUUGUAUUAUUCAUAAACCAGUGUCUUUUUUCUUACUAGACCAAUAACUUCUUUAGUUUUAUGCUUAUUACUAUCAGGGGCUAGCUGAAGAAUACAAGUUAUAUAUAAGUACUUAAAGGACCUUCUCAUGUUAAUUGUUCUCCCUUUUGGAUCUUGUUUUGUUGUUUAGUCAUUUCUUCAUGAAUCUUUGUGUUACAAUGCAUAGUUUCCUAGUGUUCAAAAUUUCUUGAUUAGUGUUUUUGAAAACUGUUUAGCAAAAAUGGUUUCAAAAGAUUCACCCCCACCUUCACAUUCAAGCUUUUUACACCAAUUCAUAAACUCAGACUCCAUCACUAGUCAAAUUGGAAGCCAACAUUUUGACAUUUAUCAAUCUGGUCUAAGUAGUAAUCCUUCUACCUAUCAGCCUCAUGGUGUAUUUGUUAAUCCUCCUAAUCAUUUUACAACUGAUUCUGAUGUUAACCACAGUAGACAUUUGAUGGAUCUUCUUGGAGCUUCACAUGAUGCUAAUCAACAACAAGCACAAAGACUCUCACUUUCUUUAGGUUCUCAUUCACUUGUUUCUUCAUUCACCUGUAGAGAAAGAUCCUUAAGUUCAAGUUUUACUAAUCCUAGUUAUAUAAGCCAAGAAAUUGAUCAAAGGAACAAUGAGUUUUCUUUCUCUGCAUCUGCAAUGAACCAAUCCUUAUCUUUGUUUUCUGCCAUUGGUAACUCAAAAUACUUGAAACCAGCUCAGUCCCUCCUGGAAGAAUUGGUUUGUAUUGGUGGCAAGUCCAUUGAGAUGAGUAAUGAGAAAUUUAUCAGGCGAUUAUCGCGCAACAGCAAGAAAGGAUCUUUAAGCCUUCGCGCUAUGCUGAAAGCCGAGAUCCCAACCAAUGAAUUGUUCAAUGAAAGGCACGAACUUCAUGCUAAAAUCAUGAAGCUCAUAGCCUUGUUGGAGGAGGUGGAAAGAAGAUAUGAGCAAUAUUAUCAACACAUGGAGGAAGUUACUUCAACAUUUGAGGUGAUUACAGGAUUUGGAGCAGGGAAACCUUACACAGCACUUGCACUUCAAGCCAUGUCUAGACAUUUUUGCUGUUUAAGAGAUUCCAUCAUAUCUCAAAUUAAUGUGAUUAGGCAAAAAAUGCCACGAGACAUGCCGAAAAUUAGUAGUGGCCUGUCACACUUGAGCCUUUUUGAGAAAGAGACUUUGCAGAACAGAAAGUCUCUUCAGCAACUUGGAAUCAUCCAAAGUAAUCGACAAGCUUGGCGACCAAUUAGAGGAUUGCCAGAGACAUCGGUGACAAUUCUUCGUUCUUGGCUAUUCGAACACUUCCUUCACCCUUAUCCAAAUGACUCUGAAAAGCUUAUGUUAUCAUCUCAGACAGGCUUAUCGAAGAAUCAAGUUUCCAACUGGUUUAUUAAUGCUCGAGUUAGGCUGUGGAAGCCCAUGAUUGAGGAAAUGUAUAAGGAAGAAUUUGCAGAGUCUUCAGUUGAAUCAGAUUCAUUGUUGAACAGAGAUGGUGUCACAGAUUCUGCAGAAGAAUGAAGUGUUGAAGUGAGUAAAAUGAGGAAUAUAUUUUAUGUAAUAAUACUAUGCUUUUACAGUUGGAAUGCAUUGAAGGAUUGGACUGUGGGAGAAAAGUUGAAGAAGUACAAGGUGGCAGUUAGAGACAUAUUAGAAAAAACAAAAUGUUAGCCUGAAAUGGAAGGCAUUCUUGUACUUGAGUACUUAAUGUGACGAAAUAGUAUAGUAUAGUGUGAAACUUGUAAUGGUUUUAGGAAGUUGUCUGAAAUUUUAUGUUUAGCAUAGCCUUUAUGCGGUUAACCUUAUCCCACGUUAAAAGUUAAAGCUUUGCAUGCAUUGUUAACAAAUUCAGAAACGUUGCUAUGAAAAAUGCUAGUUAAAGAGGA